AUGCUGUGGGCUUCGUCGAGCACGAUGCGCCGCCAGUGGACCUGUGGGCGCGAGGGAGUGGGAAGGAGGGUCGCAAAGACCGUGGCGGGGCAGGCUCUUCGCGGCGAUGGGCAUGGAGGCAGGUGGCAGCCUGGGUCGCGUCCCAGCCCAGCUGCAUGCGCCGCCCAUCCAGGACCCUCAGGGUUUGCACAUGCACCCGGCGCCCCACCCUGA